UUCAAUAACAGUCUGUUUGGGGCUUUCCAGUUGGAGCGACGACGAGCGGCCCACGAACAAUUCUAGUCACGCGUGUCGAGCGGAGCCCAGCGGUAAACAAAAAGCACGCCCUACUUCGCACACCCCCCGCAAUCAAAACAACAAAAGCACACACGCAAGGCCACGGCGGAGCGACAGCAACAACAACAACAACGAUAACAAUGGAGGAGCUGAACAGCAUUUUGCAAAAGACCAAAGAUAAAUCAACGCAGAAGGAACAGGAUGAGAUUCUGCUGCAGCCCUUCACAUACAUACAACAGAUUCCUGGCAAACAAUUCCGCUCCGAGUUGGCCUUGGCCUUCAAUCACUGGUUGCUCAUACCGGAGGAAAAGUUGGCGCAGAUCGGGGACAUUGUGCAGAUGCUGCACAAUUCCAGUUUGCUCAUUGAUGAUAUUGAAGACAAUUCGAUCCUUCGCAGAGGUGUGCCAGUGGCGCAUUCCAUAUACGGCGUGGCCAGCACCAUAAAUGCGGCCAACUAUGCAUUGUUCCUGGCGCUGGAGAAAGUGCAGCAGCUGGAGCACCCGGAGGCCACCAAGGUGUACACGGAACAGCUGCUGGAGCUGCACCGUGGACAGGGCAUGGAGAUCUACUGGCGCGACAGCUUCACAUGUCCCUCGGAGGCCGAUUACAAGCUGAUGACUGUGCGCAAGACUGGCGGCCUCUUUAUGCUGGCCAUCCGCCUGAUGCAGUUGUUCAGCUCCAACAAAGAGGACUACUCCAAGCUGACGGCUAUUUUGGGCCUUUACUUCCAGAUACGCGACGAUUACUGCAAUCUGAGUCUGAAGGAGUACACGGAGAACAAGAGCUUUGCCGAGGAUUUGACAGAGGGCAAGUUCGGCUUCCCAGUAAUCCAUGCGGUUCGCACCCAGAAGCAGGAUAAACAGGUUUUACACAUAUUACGCCAGCGCACGCACGACAUUGAGGUCAAGAAGUACUGCAUCACCUUGCUGGAAAAGCUGGGCAGCUUUCAGUACACACGCAAGGUUCUGGAGACACUCGACGCGGAGGCGCGGGCGGAGGUGACUCGUCUGGGUUGCAAUCCCUAUAUGGACCGCCUCUUCAACAAGCUUCUGUCGUGGAAGACGAGCGAUAGCGCCAGCAUCACGCAGUCGAACCAGAUCAAUCACAACAACGUCUCGCGCGGCAGCCCCAACCAGAACACGCUCAAUUGCAAUUAGCAGCCAAAGAGGCAAAAGAGGGAGCAGUCGUGAAUUGCGAACGGCAGAGCCUCUUUUGCCGCCAAUCCGAGACAGCAGCAGGCCAGCAGAGAGCCCACGCCCGCCUGCCUCAGUGCGCCCCUGUUGCGUUUCCUGCAGAAGCUGAAGAUAUUCUGAGAUUUAGAGAUUUAUGUUCCCCUUGGCCAACCGGAAAACCCACAGAGAACCCUUUACUUUUAACCAAAACUAGAGCGAUGAGAAGAUGAAUGGAUGGAAAUGGAUUGUAAUGGAAUGAAAAAAAAGAGGAAAGCACAGGGAUGGAAAACAAAACCAACAGCAGCCUUACAGAAAAUUGUUAAGCCAAAAGUAAAUUGAUAUAAGCCAAGCUUAUCAGUGAGCUAGCGAAGAGCCAUAGCACAGCUUUCCAAGAAUUUGUUUUUGUUUAAUUUUAAUUUAGUUUCGGUUUAAAGUAACUUAGAUAGUUAUGGGGCCACGACGGCAGUCGGCGGCUCGAUUAGUUUCCUUCCUUUUGCCCAGCGAAUGGGGUCACGCAAAAAUCUCGCAGAGCAUUAACUUAAUUAUAGGAUAUGCAAUUUUUUAGCUCUUGUAUUUCUAAGUGUAUUUCGUAUUCAUAACUCGAUUCUGCAAGCAAUUUUUCGAUUUCUAAGUGUCAUUUUUAAAUCUAACUCACUCGGAACUCAAUGUGCACUUCCUUUAUCGACGUUGUUCCACUUUUAAUUGUUAUACAAAGGCAAUUCGUAUACAUAUAUGUACUAUUAACGACAAAUUGUUAACGUUUUAUGCAACAACUACAAAACCAACACAAAGGAAAACCACUAUAUAUUGAAAUAAUGAUAAUGAUGCACUGCACAGCAGAUUUUUGCACAUUGCACCACCUAAAAAGUAUAUACAUAUAUUAUAUAUAAAUAUAUAUAUUUUUAUUGUAGUUAUACACUUGAAAAAAAAACAAAAACCAAACGGCAAGAGAAACCACAUAAAGAAAACAAGAGGAGUAACCAGAUUGCUGAAGAGAAAAUGAAAACAAAUUGUAAACUAUGCAAACAUUUUAUGGUAGGAACGACAAC